AUGGAUGACUGGGGGUCUCCUCUUCCAACUCGCAAGGCUACUCCUUAUGGAGAUGUUCGCUUUGAUACGGCGUUGCAGCCUCGUGCUCAUCGCAUGGUUGAAACAUCAUCCGACUCAAAAAUACUGUUUCUCAAUGUCCGAAUACUCGAUUCCACAGGGACCGAGCCCUACACUGGAGAUGUUUAUGUUGAAGGGGAGCGGAUUCGAUACGUCGGAACUGUUCCUGAAGUUGAAAAGCUACAAAGUGAUUCUUCCGUUGGAGUGAUCUAUGGAAACGGUCGAACUCUGAUGUCUGGCUUGGGUGAUGCCCAUACGCAUUUGACAUGGAAUGGAUCUGCUCUUGAUAAUCUUGGCGAAAUCGGUGUUGAAGAGCAUACCAUUGCGACUGCUAAGUCUGCCAUGGUAUAUUUGGAUUCCGGAUAUACCAUGUGUUACGGUGCGGCUUCUGCAAAAGAUCGUCUGGACUGUGUUAUCCGGGAUGCGAUCAACCAGGGAAGUAUCCCUGGACCUCGUUAUUUAGCCAAUGGAAAGGAGAUUGCUCGCCGAGGAGGAGAACUUACCCCAGGAAUUACAGCAUUUGCCGAUGGCCCCCUUGAAAUGCGUGAAGUUAUCCGACAUCAUGCCGAUCUUGGUGUGGAUCAGAUCAAGUUGAGCAUGUCGGGAGAAGAAAUUCUAGGAGACCGCGCUGCCGAAGAUUGCUUUUUUGAUGAGACUGAAACAGCAGCGUGCGUCGAUGAAGCUCACCGUCAUGGACUCAGAGUAUGCUCUCACGCUCGGGCUAGGGACUCGGUUGCUCAAUGUGUUAAAUAUGGUGUUGACAUCAUUUACCAUGGAAGCUAUAUUGACGAGGCUACAAUGGACGAGCUCGAGAAAAAUAAGCAUCACCAUAUUGUUGCUCCUGCUCUGAAUUGGCUAUACGCGACUACCUAUGAAGCCGGUCCUUUCGGUUACUCUUUCAACAAAGCCGAGCAGGACGGGUACAAGAAAGAAUUGGAAAUAGCUAUCAAAGCUUGCAAAGAAAUGCAUCAGAGAGGAAUUACUGUUCUACCAGGAGGAGAUUAUGGGUUUGCUUGGACACCACAUGGAACUUAUGCUCGAGACCUAGAGCACUUUGUGAAGUUACUUGAAUUCACCCCGAUGGAAGCCAUCAUUGCGGCUACUUCUGGUGUUGGAAAGCUGUUCAUGCAAGAACAUGAGCUAGGCAAAGUUUUGCCCGGUUACUACGCGGACAUGAUUCUCGUUGAUGGCAAUCCUUUAGAGGAUAUUACCAUCUUCCAGGACCAUAGUAAGCUGAAUGUCAUCAUUAUCAAUGGCAGGAUCCACAAAGCAUCUCCAAAGGACUUUCAUCUGUCAAGUGGUGCGCUAGAGCAGCCGGCUUCUAAGCCAAAUAACAACCUCAGCAACUACAUUGCUUAUCUUGACGAAUCGCAAUCUCCACGUAUCGGCCAUCUUGAUUUCGACAGCUCUAUGAUUACGCCGUUGGUGAUGCUUUCAGGUGCCCCAGUCACCUCCCUUUACCAAGUCAUUGAACUGCAAAACAACCUGGUCGCUUAUGGUGAGAAAAUUUCCCUUUCAAACGUCACUGUCCAAGCCCCUAUCAAUGACCGGGACAUUUUGGCUGUCGGUAAAAAUUAUGUUGAUCAUGCUGUCGAAUUCAACCGCAGCGGUUAUGACUCGAGUGAUAAAUCUGAUCAACCAACACACCCGGUAAUAUUUACCAAGCGCUCCACUAGCAUUAUUGCCUGUGGCGAUGAAAUUUAUCCUCACCCCAACUUCACUGGUACUCUUGACUACGAAGGCGAGAUUGGUGUCAUUGUCGGAAAACUUGGCUUCCAAGUCGCCGAGAAAGACGCUAUGGAUUAUGUAUGGGGAUUUACAAUCAUCAAUGACGUUACUGCUCGCGAGAGGCAGAGAGACCAUAAGCAAUUCUAUAUUGGGAAAUCUCCUGAUACUUUCUGUCCCAUGGGCCCGGUUGCUGUUCCAGCAGCCCAGCUCCCUAAAACGCUUCGAAUCCAGACCUUUGUCAACGGAGAAAAGCGCCAAGAGGCAUCGACGAAUGACCUUAUAUUCUCUAUUGCAAAGCUUAUAAAAACAGUUUCAGAGGCAAAUACUAUUAGGCCCGGCGAUAUAAUUGCUACUGGCACUCCUGCUGGCGUAGGUUUUGGUCAGAGCCCGCCCAAGUUCCUGAAACCCGGAGACAGAGUUGAGAUAUCUGUCACUGGACUUGGAAAUCUCCAAAACACCAUCGGAAGUUCAACGUCAGAGAACGCAGUUGUCAAACGUGUUUCUUUAGAAUCUCACCUCGCCGAUCUCAACCUUGAGAACACAGCUGGCGGAGCUGGGCUUCUAAAACUUGGUAUGAAGCAAGUCAAUGUGCGUAGGAUUGGACAUGGGACAAAGACAGCUGUUUUUGUUCACGGGCUUGGUGCAUCUAGCGAAUACUUCACGCCUAUAAUAAGAAGCGGAGACUUUGAAGACCGCUACACAAGCUACAUCUACGACCUUGAGGGUCAUGGACUGACACCAACAAACAUUGCGUCGACUGUAACAAUUGACAGUCUCGCCCAAGAUCUGGAAAACGUUGUUGAAUAUACUGGAGCCUCUAGAAUCACGAUAUUUGCCCAUUCUUUGGGCUGCUUGAUCGCUCUGGCUUUCUGUACUCGCAAAUUGUCCAAAAUCGACGGCCUAGUUUUGAUGGGCCCCCCUCCAUGUCCUCUUCCAGAAGCCUCGAAAUACGCCAUGGAAAAGCGCGCUGCGGCUGUCCGAGAGAAAGGCAUGGCCGAAUCAGGAACUGCUGAUGCUGUUGGUGACGCCGGCACUUCCUCCACCACGAAAAUGUAUCAACCUGUUGCAUACGCGGCCGUACGAGCAUCCCUCCUAGCAACCAGCCCCGAGGGAUAUGCAAAAGCUUGCACAGCACUUGCCAGCAUAACCUCUCCUAUGGAAGCUGAAAGACUGGCCAUCCCAAUUCUGCUCAUGACCGGCGACGAAGACAAAACAUCACCCGUCGAGGUUGUAACUGCUCUACAUGAGAAAUUCCCCAACUCCCGUAUGGAAGUUUUACAUCGUACUGGCCAUUGGCACGUGUACGAGAAUGUCGAUGCUGUCAACCGCUAUAUCCGAUCAUUUGUUUGA